GAGUAUAUUAAGGGACUCUGUGAACCUGAACUAGAAGAAAAGGAGUACUACCCAAAGGACAUGCACUGCAUCUUUGUUGGUGCACAGAGCCUUUUUCUCAACAGUCUUAUUCAGGAUACCUGUGCUGAUAUAACAGUGCUGGAAAUAGGAUUGCUGAGUAUUAAGGGGGGUGCAGAAGCUGUUGUUAUGGCUCAAAGUCAUGUUCAGCAGUUUGUGAAGCUCUUUGAGAAUAAUGAAGUCUUACUAAGUGACAAUGAAUCGGGGAUUAAAAAGCAGUUCAGACAAUUUGUGGAAGCACAUGCAGAUAAAUAUACAAUGGAUUUACUGAUUUUACCUAGCUCAUUAAAAAGAGAACUCCUAGCUCUCACACAGUCUGCAUGUUGUGAAGUGGAGAGCGAUAUUAUAGAUCUUACAGGUUCUGAAAGCCCAACAGAGUUUUUACACAACACAUCCUCCAAAGUAAUCUCUACAAACAGAGAUGGAAUAGCAGGUGGUGAGGAAGCACGAAACAAUGCUGGGACACCUGUAACUGAGCUCACAAAACAAAUGGACACGGUGUUUUCUGAUGCUCCUGAAGCAAGUUUUGUUCCCAUAAAUACUGUGCCUCUGUUAGAGGCAGUGGUGCCUAAAGAAAGGCAGUCAUGUAAGAGAAGAUCUUCUGAUGAUGAGGAAAGGCUGCCUAAAAAGCAGUUCUCUCUGGAAAAUGAUCAGGAAGUGGAAUCUGCUUCACACAGUAAUCCUUCAGACUGUGAUGCAGUUAUUGAUCUGCUUUCAGAUAGCUGCAAUGAAUCGGAUGAUCCCAGUUAUUGCCUUAAAGAAGGUGAUGAUAUCAGUGAGGAAAUGGAAUAUAAGAUUCUUGUGAACUUUUUCAGAACAAUGGGAUAUUCCCAAAAUAUCGUAGAAAAAGUUAUUGGUAUCCUAGGGCAAUCUGUGGAGCCAUUAACAUUGCUGGAAGAAAUUGAAAAGGAAAAUCUAAAAUUUCAGAAAGAACACGAACAGCCAUCUCAAAAGCCUAGAACUAUCAAUCCUCCUUUAGGAAAUAAUGCAAAUAAUUCACAAAAGCUAGAAGACAAAGGCAUUUCUAGCAAUAAAAGCCCAAUUAAAUCCAGUCAUACUACAAAAGAGAAAAAAAAUGAGUAUCACAGAAGAAGAGAUUUGCCAAGCACGCAAGUUGAUGCAGAAGAUAAAAUGCAUAUGUUGGUAUGCAAACCUGCUUCUCCUUUCAGUAAAAAUUCAGCUAUGUGUUAUAAACAAGGAGAUAUUUAUUGCCCUGGUAAGAUUCACAGUUCAAGGUCAAGUGAUAUAGAAACUGAUGGUGGUGUAACUUUUGGCACUGUACAAGCUGGAGCUCCAAAAGAUGUUGACUUUGUAGCCAGAGGGAGCUCAGAUGUGCAGCAUAUCUCAGCUAAGACUAAAACUGCAGUUCAGCAAAAAUCUGCAGGGCCCUUGACUGUACAGAAUACUCAUCCUGGCUUUGAGGACCGAUUAGGACACUGCAGCUCUACUUCUCAAGUAAGAUCUGUCAACAAACGCCUUUCCCAAACCUCAGAUUCUGAAAAUCCUGUCCCAAACCAAGUGUCACAAACGCAUCCUUCACAUCCUGAGAGAGAGACAGUGGGACCACGCAGAUAUCCUCCUGAUCCUUCAGUUACUGGAGUUCAAAGAUUUCUGGAAUCUCUGAAAAAGCCAUACAGACUGGAGUUGAAAAACGAUCCUGGGGAACCCUAUUUAAAACACAUCAUUAUUGAUGGAAGCAAUGUUGCAAUUUCGUAA